UAGAAACAUCGAUAAUAUCGGAGAAACAUCGAUUUUAGUUCCAGCUCUACCUUGUGGCCACACACGCGUUUUUUCCCAAAUCGUGCUUUUUUGUGAAAUUCAUUUGUUACAAAUCGGCAUUGCAUUACGAUCGCGCAGCCAACGAAAAUCUAAGCGCGGUCACGGAACUAAAAUUGUAUUUGCAAACAAAUCUGUGCAUUUGGCCGCACGAAAAUGCUAAAAUUCAUACCGAUUCGCAGCGCGCGUGUGUGUGUGUGAGAAGAGCGUGAAGAAGAGGAGCGAAGAAUUGCGAAAGCAGUGUGUGCAAGGCGGAAGAAGCACAAAGACAAAAGCGAGGCGAUAAAAAAAAUUCGGACAGGCGGCGCUAUCCGACAAUAAAAUAAAAACAAAAAAAAUAAAUCAGGCGGCAUGCCGCAAAGCGGUAAGAGAAAAUCCAAAAGAAAAAAACGAUACUAAACGCUUUACCCGUAUUUGGUACCAAAUCCUUUUUCCCGCCUCUAAUUUUACAGUGCCACUGGCCAGCAUUUAUCAUCAUCCAGUGGUGGCCAAAUAUAAAUCUAAAGCGAGUGCUAUAAUAUUGUGGCGCCAAACAGAAUAGUUUCUAAAACAGUCUGCCGCGUGUGUUUAAAAUCUCGGCAAAUAAAAAAAAAAAAAAACGAAAAAAAACACGACGGCGUGCGUAAGCGCACACACACUCUCGCACACGCACGACAGUGAAGGAAAGAGACCGGUAUAGCGGUGGGCAGUGAGGGCGAGUGAGAGAGUAAUUCACACACAAACAGACACACACAACUCGCUGGCAGGAAUUGCAACAGUGUGUGCUCCUUUUUUUCCUUUUUUUUUUUUGUUACUUACGUUUUGUUGUUGUGUGUGCGGCGGCGCUUCUUUUUGGCUUUUUGUGUCUCUCUUUUCUGCCGUUGCUUCGCCGGCUAAAAAGGAGAACCGAAAUUAAAUUGGCAUAAUGGAGGAUGGACAGGAGCAAAGGGAAUCCUCGCAAGCGGAACUGGCCAGACUGCAUCCGAUGACGCCGCUAAAGGAGCUGCCAGAAGAAGAAGAGGAGGAAGAUGAAUCCUCGGCGGGAGGCGACAACAACAACUCUAUACUGGGAAAGAUGAAGAAGCGAGUAUCCAGCAUUUUUCCCACCUCCAUAAGCGGAUGGUUUUCGCCUUCAUCUAAAGGUGGACCUGAGUCCGCCGCCUCAUCAUCCUCAGCUAAUCUCCGCCAGCCACAGCCACGCCAGGCUAAUGGACGCUCCACAACGAAGCGGAAACGUGGUCGUCGUCGCAUCAUGCUAGCAGAUGCGGAUGAAGCCGAUGAUCUGGACGAUGGUACCGAUGCCAACGGGCUAAAUUAUGAGGAAGUUGCCUUGGCUGACAACAUAGCUGAGCAUGACUUGGCUGCCGAGGAUGAGCAGACGCGUCGCAGCGAGUACAAUGUUUUCCUGUUGCGCAAGCGACGCGAUGCUGUUGCCGCUGCCGGUGGUGACGAUGAAGAGGCCGAGGACGAUGAUCUGGAAGAUGAAGAAGAUGAGGGCGACGAAGAAGAUGACGACGAUGAGCAGGAUAAUCUCCUCCAAAGCACCGCCGUUCCCAAGCGUCGACGUCUGGAGCUGGAGACCACAGUCAACUUGCCAAACAUGCGCCGUCUGCCCUUAUUGUCAUCUACUCCUGCUGCUCCACUCGUUGGUUCCAGCUCCAACUCCUCAUCCCUCUUCCUCUUGGAGGGUGUAACGAGCAGCAGGCAGAUUGCACCACACCGGCGCAAUCACCUCAAUUUAUAUGGUAGUCAACGGCAGCGCGAACCCGCUUAUAACUUUUUCACGGGCAACGAAGCCGCCGAGGGCAGCACCGGGGAUCUGCCGCACAGCAUUCGCCGUUCGCUGAACAUACCUUUCGGAGGCAGCAGCACCGCCACUAGACACAACAGCCUCUCCAGCCUUCCUAACCACAAGCGACCCUCGCUUAUGGGCCAACGUACCCAUCGUCAAGAUCUUACUAUGGACGAAACGGGAAUUGGACUUGGUUUGGGUUCGGUAACAAAUACCGAUGGAGAUCGCCUCGACCAUUUGCUAAGAAUCAGCAAGACCAAUAACAACAUUAGUAACAAUAAUAAUAACAAUAACAAUGUUAUCAAGUCAAAGUCAAGACGCACUGAAUUGUCAGUGACCGGAGGAGUUGGCGGAGACUCGCAGUCCGAGAGCGAUAUGAACGAUUAUCACGACAAUGGUGAUGGCCACGAUGGACUGCGACCGUCUCAUCACAGCAGCAACAGUAACCUGGAGUUUUACGGCAAUUUGCAAAGCACCAAGUCGAUAUUUAACAGGAGCAACGCCACGGCACAGCAAUCACACCGGAAUUCUACAUGGUCGCUAAAUUCUUUGAACCAGCGACGUCGCUUUAAUGCCUCCAUUUACGGAAGUACAUCUGCGUUAAGCGACAGUCGUCUACUGAGUCGCAGCGCUUCAGCAUCCGGUUCUGCAUCUGCAUCCAGUUCACCCUUUUACCAGGGACGGACCACCUUUGGCGGCAAUUCUGCGAAUAAUCGCAUAUUCAGUCGAAGCAAUCUGAGCUCCUCCGCUGCAUCCUCAACAAUGGCCAUUAAUUCUGCCGGCAGUUCUCCAGCUCAUCCAUUACAGGGAUCUAUGGCAGGUGGUAUAGGGUACGGAAUGAAAGCUGUGGACAUGCAGCCAUCUGUCAACAGCAAUAUUUCAGAUAUAGGUGGCAUCAAGAAGUCUGGCUCCGGGCUAUCAAAUACCACACUACGCAUCCUCAGCCUGCUGGACAGUUACUCAACGCCACUGAUCGAUGCCAAGCGCAUGGGUAGCACCAUCAAGGAACAUCAAAGCAGCCGUCAACAGCGUCAGUCUACGUCGGCUACGCCAUAUCCACGUCCCUCGGGUUCCAUUAGCCGCAAUACUACGGUUCCAAAGGUAAUGGACGAGUUGGCGGAAAUGCGCUCUAACAAACUGCUGGUUCCGACAAUGCAGCAGCUUUUGGAACGCCGACGACUGCACCGCGUUACCCAGAACUCGCGAGAGGUUGUGCACCAGAAUGCACGAUCUGGCACCGAGAACAACCAGGAGAAGGUCAAUCAAACAACACCUUAUGUUGCUCCGGUGGAUCAGUCGUCCAGCCAUACUCCCCAUACAAACAAGAUGCGUUCGCGACUGUCACACCAGCAGAGAAAUAAGGAGCCACGCACAGAACUGGAGGAGGCACCCAAGCCGCUAGAUCUGCCACAGAUUAGCUUCCCAGACAUGGCCAGCACGCCAAAGUUCGACUUGGUUAUUAAACCAUCGGUGCCAGUGGUUUCAAAACCAUCUUCAGUAAUCCCAAUAAUCAGUAACAAAAGCAACAAUAGUAAUAUAGCGGCCAACUCCAAGCAGCUGCCCAACUUUUUGGCUAAUCCACAGCCUGCGGAGCCAAUUGUUAACUUUUCUGCCAAUGGCAAUACUGUUGUUGCAUCCAGUAAACCAUCGGGACGCAACUUUAACUUUUCGGAACCCAUAGCUUUGUCGAAUUCGCAGGUAGACUCCGUUAGCGAUCUGGCAGUUAAGCGCAAUUAUUUCUUCCCUUCACCGGCAUCACUGGAUGACGUGCCAAAGCCGUCGCAACCAACGAUGAACGGAGCACCACCACUGGGAUUCGGUGAGCAGUUCAAAAAGUCAUCCAAGGAGUGGGAGUGUGAUGUGUGCAUGAUCCGCAACAAGGCCGAGGUUAACAAAUGUGUAGCCUGUGAGACAGCUAAACCAGGAGCAACUCCGCCUAUGGCCGCUCUUGUCCAGGCAGCACCACCCACGACAGCUAUUGUCCCAUUGUCUGGCUUUGGGGACCGCUUUAAGAAGUCUUCUACCGCUUGGGAGUGCGACGCAUGUAUGCUGUCCAACAAGGCGGAGGCCAGCAAGUGCAUUGCCUGCGAGACUCCACGAAAAGCGGCGGCACCAAAGGUUAACAACUUUCCGCAAAUCACAAACAAUUCAAUAACCGGAUCCGGGUUUGGUAAUGCCUUCAAGCCAAAGGCCAAUACGUGGGAGUGCCAGACAUGCCUGGUAAUGAACAAAUCAAGCGUCACGGAAUGCAUUGCCUGUCAGACGCCUAACUCACAACCUAAAAGUAACAGCGAUGUAUCCGUACGGAGUCCAUCUGGAUCGUCAUCGUCUUCGACAUCAUCCUCUGGAUCAUUAUCUGGAUCCUCAUCCGGAUCACUAUCCGGAUCAUCCGCUGCUCCAUCUCAAGCCAGAUCAUCCGGAGCGUCAUCGUCGUCUAUCAUUGGCUCAUCUACCGACAAAUUCAAGUUUGGCUACGGUUUGGGAUCAUCAAAUGAAGUACCCAAGCAGGAUACGGGAUUUCAACAGCUGGUGGCAGCACAAAAGGCAGCGAGUUGGGACUGCGAUGCAUGCAUGGCCCAGAACGAUAUGUCGCGGAUCAAAUGCAUCUGCUGCGAACAGCUAAAGCCUGGAGCCACUGGCGUCACCUCAUUAUCUACGAGCACGACUACCUUCGGUAGCAGCGGUUCAACGAUUUCCUCCGCCAGUGCGGUGCCUAAAUUUAGCUUUGGAUUUGCGACUGUAAAGGAAGUCGUCAAGCCUUCUGUAGAAACGGCUGCACAGGGUAAAGAUGUGGCAGACAGCAAAAAGUCGGGAGAACCCAUCCCGAGUUUUUCGUUUGGAGUAAGCAAAGUUGACCUGCCCAAGACUGUAAGCUUUACUACAGAAACGAAAGCACCAGCCGCCGCAUCUAGCACAGAAACGACAGCUCCGGCUGCUGCACCAAGCCUCCAGUUUGAAUUCAAAGCCCCAACUACUGCGACCACGGCAGCCAGCUCACUCACUACCACAACAACCACCACUCCUGCUCUGGGUGGCUUUAGAUUUAGCGCUCCACCAUCAUCAUCGACUGUGUCCAGUUCCACGGCUAGCUCGAGUGCGAAUCCCACGGCUGUGAAGCCAAUGUUCAACUUUUUAGUAAGCAGUACCAGUAGCCAGCAGCCAAUGGCCAAGGUGGCGGCAACCCCGAGCUUAGGUGUUUCAUCAAAUACCAUAACAACAACGACGACCUCUACUUUAACACCGACAGCUACACCAGCUGCAGCCGUGACUACCUCAGCACCAGCUCCAGCUGCCAACUUUAGCUUUGGAAGUCAGGCGAAACCGGCGGCAACCCAAAACGCUGGAACUUUCUUCUUUGGCCAGACAGCUGCCUCUUCAGCUAACCCAGUCAGCACCAGCGUUAGCUCUAUCUUUGGGGCACCUGUAAAUACCACAGCCAACACCAGUUCCAGCUUGAGUGUCACGACUAGCACCACAAAUGCCGUGGUUCCAAGCUUUGAACCCACCACGACCCCACAGCUCUUUGGCAGUUGGGGCGAAAAGAAAGCGGUGACAACGACUAGCAGCACUAUCGAGCCUUUUGCCUUUGGAUCUUCUUCGGGACCGGGAACGACGGCAACACCCAGCUUCGGUUGGUCAAACAACGGAGCAACCGCUGCAAAGAGCAAUAGCAUUGCUGUCACCAGUGUGGGCAUAUCAGCUGCCCCGGCUUCUACAAUGCCGACAGCAGUGUUUGGCAGCAGUUCUAUGUUUGGAGCUCCGAGCAACAGCACCACAAGCACCAGUAGCUCUCUUUUUGGAUUGACGGCAACAUCACCUGCCGCAGCAACACCGGCGGCAGGCAGUUUAGGUGGUAAUGGAGCAAUCUCUGGGGUCUUUGGAAAUAUGGGCAACUCUCUGGCGGCAACUGGAGCACCGACGGCCACCAUGCCCGCUGUGUCAGCCGCUGCACCGCUGGCCAAUAUCUUCGGUAAUCCCACGACAAUUGCUGCGGCAGCUCCUGUUUUCGGCAGCAGCAGCACAAGCGGAGGUUUUGGAGCAGCUGCAGCGUCGGCUACAGCGGCGACAUCAGGAUCGAAGGUAGCAUUUGCUUUUGGUGGAGCGACCGCAGCCGCGCCAGCUUCCUCAAAUGCACUAUUUAAAUUUGGCAGUGCCAACAAUGAUCAGCCGACCGCCAAACCUGCGUUCAAUUUCACAGCCUCCGCGGUGAGCUCGACUCCCAAUGCGCAGAGCUUUAAUUUCACGUCCAAUUCGGCAGCUACUAGUCUCUCCGGCGGCGAUUCACAGCCACGGAUCUUCCAAUUUGGUAGUCCGUUAGCGGCGGUUAAUAACCAGGCUAGUGGACCAGGAGGAUUAAACUCCUCCUCCUCCUCCGGCGGUAUGCCCAUGCUCAAUUUUACCGCCACGUCGCCGCAGAUGCAGCUUCAAUCCGCCAGCCUCUGGCAAUUCGGCGCAGAAUUCUCAAACUGCGCGCCGCAAGAUCCGAUCUGCAGUGCGCCGUCAACCGCCUCGGUAGAAAUGGCAUCGCAGUCGGCCGACGAGAUAGCAAUUGCAUCUGCUCAGGCCGCCAUCGGAUUAGGAUUAGGGGAAUUGAGGAGAUCGCCAGUGGAUAGACAUGGAGGAGGAGAUACAGGAAUAGUGGCGGUAGCGACAAGGGAAUUUUCAAUGGAGACCGACAGCAGCAGCAAUGGCAGUAUCAAAAGUACACCGAUUCAGAGACGAAUUCGCCGACACCACGAGCACUGGCAUCAUCAGGAGCACCAAGUGCUUAAGCCGCCUCAGCACCAUCAGCCGGCUCAGCGCACUCAACUGCCCCGUCAAAGCAAGUAUUGCUAUGUGCGUGAAGGUAGCUUGGACGCUAGACCCGAAAAAAUCUCUACCAGGACCAGAGGACGCAACGCGGAAGAAGCAACCAAAGGAGGAGGACGAAAUGGUGGUAACGCUGCCGCUGCCGCUGCCCCAACUGUAGCUGCCAUAGCACCCAGGCAACAGCGACUGACACGACGCAACCGUGAGGCAAAAUCUGUCGAAAACAAGGACAACCGAACGGGACAAACAGGAUCUGGAGCAAAAGGUGGUCACGUACUCAGGAGUCGCUAUAAAGUUGUGCGUCACAAUAGCUAUGAGAAGAACUUGUCCAAAUCUUCCAAAUGAGAGUCAAAAACCACCAGGAUGAACAACACAAAGGAAGCGAACAGGAUCUUGGGCAACAGGUGGUACUGAUUGUGAGUUAAAAAUCACCUGGAUGCUACCAAUCCUGCCGCACGUUCUUUCCACACCCUGCUGCGUAUGGAGAGCAGAGCACUCGAGGAUUGGCCAACACUAUACAUAUAAAACAAACAACAUCAAUGAUUACAAAUUAUAUAAAAAUUUCGUUCGUUUAUUGAAGCACUGAACGCCGCACCAUUAAAGCGGAACGUGUGUAAUUUUAAUAAUAUUUUUAAAAAUUAAUUUUUGUUGAUUAUAAAUACUUAAACAAUAAUUAUGUAAUAAUUAUUUUGUGAAAAAUGUGUAAAGAAACUGCUGCAACUUAUACAUAUAUACAGAUGCGAAUGAAAAAUAUAGCGCAAAAAACGUAAACCUACCAUUAUAUAUAUUAUACAUACAUACAUUAAAGUAAAAUUAUCUGUUUAGACAAUUUACGAACGCGGAAGUGUGAUCUCAGCUAAGAUGUGCUGAGAAAUAUAAUGGUUGCAGCCAGAUAAAGAGAGAGACAUAGAGAGUUUGUAUUAAGUCUUAGUUUUUGUUAUUCAUUUUAGAUUUUAGAUUUAUAUACAAUUCAAUACAAAAUUUGUGUUGCACAUGGAAGUACGUGCAACAACACAGUGGUGUGCAGCUGCAGAAGCCAAGGUGGAAAGCCAACAAAUUAAAGCAAACAACUAUCUAGCAACGUAAAUAAACAAAACCUAUAGCUAACAGAUAACAGAUAAGAAAGAAGAAUCGAUAAAGAGAUGAUGGGUGGCAUUAUUGAUGGAGUGCGGAAACAGUUACGAUUAUGUGCAUGUUUUUUAUAUACAUAUAUUAAUAAAAAACAUUGAAUAUUUUAUUAUAAUUUUAAAUUGAUCAUUUUUAAGUCGAAAACAGAAAUGGAAAUCAGAAGUCUUAAUGUUGAGAGAGAAAAAGGUAUCAUAAUGUAAAUAAGUAAAUAUAUGCGGUAUGAUAAUUUAAA